AUGCAGAAUAGUGACUAUCUAUCGUUUGAGUACAAUGUACUUCAGGCUAUCGGCGUGUUUCCUUCGACGAAAUGGACGAAAUGGACACAGCGGGCUUUCAACUUUUACCGGACAAUCUUUUUUAUUUUCUUGGCCUUGGUCACGUUUCUGAUGACGGUCCAGAUGUUCAUCGCUACCGAUCUAACACUGUUGGCAAGGACCAUUGACAUUUGGACCAUGUUCUUCACGGGCCUUUACAAAUGGUUUUACAUGGUGAUGUUUAGCGGCGAAUUUGCCCAGCUAAAAACAGCACUGACGCAAAUACAAACUCAAGGAUCUGCGGCUUACGGCCGCUCGGCCGACGAGUUUACGGCCAACUAUUUAAAGCAAACGCGAAAAAUCAGCUCCUGGUAUCUGUUCAGCGGUAUGGUCGCGGCUUCUUUCAUCAUCGUCAGCCCCUUGUUGACCUAUCCAAAGGGGUAA